CAUAGCAAAGGAAAAAGAGAAAAUACAAAUAAUCACGCCCUUGUAUAAGAAGCAAAGCGCAAUGGUCUGAGCUCUGAAUCGCGGUUGGUUCCGGGCUUUAACGCAAGACACCGCUGAUUUGUCAGCGAACCCAUCCGCCCUCUUCACCAUUCGCGCAAACCCUUAUCGGAGCAAACGCCAGAGAUUCAAUUAUUUCAAUCUUCUCCGAUUCAUUGAUCUUUUAGCGAGGCGAUGUUACGAAGGUCAAUUUUGGAGCUUUCAUACCGUCAAUCUGUUAGAAGGAACCUGACUCGAAUUACAACUCAGACACCCUUGUAUCUUUCUUACAGUAGGCAAUAUUCAGUUGCCUCUGAUAAACAUGCGUCUCAAGGGUCUGGAUCAAGUGGCAAGCCACCAGAGGCAGGGAACUCUCUGUCAAAAGUGAUCAUUGGAACUGUUGCACUUGGUGCUGCUUUCAUGGCUGCUUAUCAGUGGAAUUCUCUUGAGGAGCGGCGAAAAUCGCUUGAGUCAGCUAAAAUUGGUACUAAAGAUCCUGUUGACUUACCAAAAAGCAUUAAUGAUUUGCAAGAAGAUAAACAAUUGCAAGAGAAAAAUGCCGUGCCCAGUGUUCAAGAUUCAAAUGUAUCCAGUACUGAUGCAUCUACGGAAGACAACAUUGGAACCUCUGAUUCUUCUCACCUUGAUGAUUUGAAUAGAAAAGCUGAAGGAACCCAAUUUCAGGUAGAAGAUAAAACUGACCUGACGGCUGGACAAGAAGAUAUACCUACUGUUAGCAUGACAUCUGAUGUUGAAAGUAAAACUUCUGGAACAUCAGUUGAAGAGAUCCCUGACAUGAAAAACACAGAGUUAAACUCUGGCAUAGAGCAAGAGAAAGUUGAAAGCACACCAGUAAGAGAACAGGUCAAUGCAAUUCCUACAGAAAAUGAGAUGAAGUCAACAUCACCCCAGCUACAAACUGCCAAAGACAUACUGGAGGAUGCAGUUGUUAAUGGUGUGGAACAACAAAGUUCUCUUCUUGAUGAAUAUUACUUGAGAGAUAAGGCUGAACCCACCAUUUCCACUUUAUCAGACAAGCAUAAGGAUUUGGUUGGUGCAAUUGAGGAUUCCAAUGAUGUUUACAUAUCCAAGGAUGGAAAGCUGGUCCUUGAUUUCUUAGAAGCUAUUCAUGCAGCAGAAAAACGGCAAGCAGAGUUAGAUGCUCGUGUUUUUGCGGAAGAAAAAAGAAAGAUGAAGGAGAGGUAUGAAAAAGAACUGAAAGAUGCUCGGGCAAGGCAGCUUAUGUAUGCUGAAGAGGCGGCUAUUCUGGAUAAGGAACUGAGCAAAGAGAGAGUGAAAGCUGCCGCUGCUCUCAAGUCACUUCAAGAAGAACUUCAAGGGAAACUUAAAAUGGAGCUUGAGCAGAAGGAAGCUGAAGUGGAAUCUGAGCUGAAGCAAAUGCAGGAGUUAGCAAAAGCUGAAUUAGCAGCAGCAAUUGCAAGUGAGAAGGCAUCUCAGAUAGAAAAGAUGGCAGAAGCAAAUCUUCAUAUAAAUGCCUUAUGCUUGGCAUUCUAUGCCCGAUCUGAGGAGGCUCGCCAGAGUCAUUCUCUUCACAAGCUUGCUUUGGGUGCACUCGCAUUGGAAGAUGUAUUAUCCAAAGGGCUACCGAUUCAAAAAGAGAUUGAGGCUUUGCAUGUUUCUGUUGAAGGCAUUGAUAAAGAUCCACUUGUGGAAUUGGUUCUAUCAUCGCUUCCUGAAGAAACAAGGGACUAUGGAACAGACACCAUACUACAAUUGCGGCACAGGUUUGAUGCCCUAAAAGAGAUGCUGCGGCACUUCAGUCUAAUUCCACCAGGUGGUGGCGGUGUUCUAGCACAUUCUUUGGCUCAUAUUGCAUCCUGGUUGAAGGUUCAGGAGGCUGACCAAUCUGGUGAUGGAAUUGAAUCGCUUAUAAAUAGAGUUGAGAGCUUGCUAGCCGAAGGGAAACUCGCUGAAGCAGCAGACACUCUUGAAAACGGGGUCAAGGGUACACAAGCAGCAGAAGUUAUCGGCGAAUGGCUCAAGCAGGCCAGGAACAGGGCCAUCACUGAGCAAGCCUUGACACUGCUUCAGUCUUAUGCUACUUCCAUCAGCCUUUCUUGACUCAAAUGCUUCAUCACCCUCAUAAUUUUCACCACUCAUGGUAAUAUAUUCAUUGAUGUUGUUUAGCAUACAGAAAGGGAGAUGAUUUUCAAGACCCAUCUACAUCCAAUGACAGGAAUAACCACCACCUCAUUCGUACCCUUAAAACUUUACCUCAAAAUUUUGUAGCCAGUUGCGGCUUUCUUUUUGCCUUCCAUAGCCAGUGUUCUUGAAUAAAAUUCAGCUUCUUUACCCAUCAUCAUCCAUUGUUAGUCUGUUUUUUAUUCUAUACUUGAUUAAAUGCUGCUGAAUGAUGGAACAGGAACAAUGCCUGGGACUUAACUGCUC